AUGACAUCACCCAAGCCUCCAAGGAAAAGUGAUGAAUACUGGUCCUGUACUCAAACUGGCCGAAACACGCCGGAUCUAGGAUUCUUCGACUCUGACAAUUUCCAGCUUCUUGAAUCAACUCAGGAGAGGAAGGAGGAACGAGUCAGGCAGGACAGAGUUAGGGCCCGCAAUGAAAGGUCAAGAAGAUUGCCACUUAUCGACAGACUCUACAGCCCGGAGUUGGGCCACUAUAGUCAAUUGUAUCGCAACGAAGGCAACGCUAAACCAAGGAAAGUUGCCGCACCACCGCAGACGUUCUUUGGCCUCCGUCGCCCCUUGAACGCGGCAGAACAACGCGUGGUUGCUGCCAUGCCUGCCUAUGAGAAAGACCACAAAGAAUGGGUUGAUAAACCUUACAGUACAGUCUACACGGGGUGGAAAGGUUAUGAUGGAAGAUAUCCUCUAUUGAUGCAGCUUAACUCAGAAUCCGAAGACAAAGAUGUAACAGUGAUCCAAACUGAAACGAGAAGAAUGUCCUUGGUUACGACAGAUUACUCCAAAGGAACGAUCAAACUUGCGGACGAUGACGAGGAGUUCAAAUAUGCCGUAUUUCCAAUACUCCAUCGGGUGAUCGAAAGUGAGGACGAAGAGGAGGAUGACGAAGAUACAGGAAGUGGAACGGAUGAAGAAAGUGAUAGAAGACCUCCACCCUUGCUUCCUCGGGAUCUGUUGGACAGACUAGCAGCCAUCGCGGCUUCCAGCAAUGAUGCCGAAGAUUCAGACGAAUCAGAAGAAGCCGAACCUCCACCAGGUUGGUUAGAGCAUAGGAAUGCCCGGAUGCAUGCCGAACGUCGACUCUCGAUCACGACCCGACCGUGUGCCGAGAAGCCGAGGAUGCUCAAACGCCGGUCUCUCGACUACGGCUCUCUGUUUUACCACCAUGAAAGGAAUGAACUAGAGAGUAUGGGUAGCAUUACGGAGGCCGCAGAGGAGGAACCGUCAUCGCCGACGACCAUCACUGAAGAUGAGGAGGAGACCAGCGUCCCACCGGCUGGAACAUGGGCAAGGUCAAUGAUGAAGGAUUCUAAUAAGUCCCGUCAGUCGAAGUCGGCGAGGGAGCGAGAAAUGAUUCGACGAGCGGAACGCGAAAUGGAGCACAUGGACGAACAUCUUCAGAAACUCGAAGAUUUCUUGAACCGUUUUCAAGAUGAUGAUGACGACGACGAUGACUAA